AUCCUGGACAAGAUAGCCGCAGAACACACCGGCCCUGGGGAGAUCAUUCCUCUCACUCUGGAUCAUUCGGAUAAGGAAAGCUUGAAAACUGCCGUGGCAGAGGUUUCCAAGCGCGAGAAAUAUAUUGACUUGUGCGAUCUCCAUACUAUUUUCAUAGUACCCUGGAUGGUAGUAUUGACACUAUGGGUCAGAUUCAUUGCGAAUGCCGCUGUAACCCGGAUGACCUUGGUGACGCCGCAACCUAAAGAAAACCUGAAUGCAGAACAAUAUGCUAAGGCUCUGUUCGAACAACCUAUGGAAGACUGGGACGAGCUCUUACGAAUCAAUCUCUCGGCUGUAUAUUUCAGCUCUGUCGCGUUUAUGCCUCUCUUGGUGGCUAACCCUCACAAAGAAAGAGCCUCGAUCGUUACUAUUGGAAGUAUUUCUGGCACGACAGCUCUCAGUCAAACAGGUCAAUAUGCCUAUAAUGUGUCGAAGGCUGGGUUACACUCCCUGACCAGGAUGCUUGCUAAUGACUUCAAACACCCAGAUAUCGGAGUUCGGGUCAAUUGUCUCGCGCCAGGAUACUUCCCGAGCGAAAUGACUGUUGUCCAAGGUGAUGAAGAUGAGUGGAAGAAGAUAAAACAUAUUCGUGAACGGGUAUGUUAG